AUGAGGCCUCCACGGAGAGAUGGAGCAGGGGGUGCAGGCACCAGUAGUGGAGCAAGUGGAGCUGUUGGGACAGCAUCGGGCCAGAGUGGAAGAUUGAUGGGGAUUAAGGAAUCUGGUAUAGAGAGUAUCGGUAAUAUUGACUCCGUUGCUUCUGCUAGAACUGUUGGUGCUAUAGAUGCUGCUAUGGCUUCUGACACAGUUGCUACUUCUAAUGUCUUGUGUUCAAGUCCUGCCAAUGGGCAGCUCAGUUCGACAUUUUACGUCAAGACGUGUCCCAAGGCCCUGUCGAUUGUCAAAGCUGCGGUGAAACAAGCAGUCGCCAAGGAAAAACGAAUGGGUGCAUCGUUAGUCCGCCUUCACUUUCACGACUGUUUCGUUAACGGGUGUGAUGGGUCGAUACAGUUGGAUGACACUACAAACUUUACUGGGAUAAAAACAGCGCGUCCUAAUAACAACUCUGUGAGAGGAUACGGCGUGAUAGACACCAUCAAGGCUCAAUUAGAAGCAGCUUGCACCGGAAUUGUUUCUUGUGCCGACAUUUUAGCCAUUGCUGCUCGUGAUUCAGUUGUUGAAUUGGGAGGGCCAACAUGGAGAGUACAGCUGGGGAGAAGAGAUUCGAGAAAUGCAAGCUUGAGCGGUGCAAACAGCCAAAUUCCUGCACCUACAUCCGACCUCAGCGCACUUAUCUCAUCUUUUAGUAAUAAGGGUCUUUCUACAAAGGAUAUGAUAGUCCUUUCAGGUGCUCAUACAAUUGGGCAAGCACGGUGCACCAGUUUCAAAAUCCACAUCUACAAUGAAACGAAUAUAAACAGUGCUUUUGCCACUUCUUUGAAGGCUAAGUGUCCAAUCACUGGUGGUGACGAUAACUUGUCGCCCUUAGAUGUCCAAACUCCCACUGUGUUUGAUAGAAUAAGGUUUGGGAGUAACUGGGUAUUGUUAUAUAUAGUUGGAGAAAGUAGCCUUCUUUGUUGUGAAUUUACCAAUUUCCAUGUACUGUAUUAUCCAUUUGCCAUGGUGAGUAUUGGUAGUGAAACUACCAAAGGGAAUAAAAAAAUAAAUUUUCAGAAUCGAAAGAGAAAAAAUUCUUCGGUGAAAUAUAUUAGACUGCGACGGUCAUGA